GAUCUUUGCUACAGCUCCCGCAUUCCUAAAUCUUUGGAAUGUGGUCGUCGUUAGUCAGCAAUUUCAUGCAUCCGUCGAGAUUGUAAUCGACGGUUGCAGCUCAAUUGCAAUAAAUUAAUUACAUGGCAUGCUGGUAGCAGAACAUUCCCCAAAUCUGGAAUAGACUGCCAUUGCCAAAUACCCCCAGCUCGUCUCUUGGAUCGUGGGAACUUUACUUGAUAAUUUGUGAUCAACUGGAAUAUCUAUACUUCGCCCUGGGACAAUACAACCUGCUAAGCAUUAACUGGCUCUGAGUGUGGAGCGAAAGCAAUGGAUUCUUCUUCUGCUGAUUCUUCCUCUGUUGUAACCGACAAUUCUCUCGCAAGCUUGAAGUUGAGAUUUAAAUCAUCGAAGCAAUUCUGGAGACUCUUCCGAAGAGGCUUCAUCCGAUGGCUUAUUACAUUUGUUUUGAUAUCUCUUCUUUAUGUAACAAUUCGAAUCGUUUCAAAGGACCAAGAUAUGACUGAAGGAGAGAAGCAAUUUUUCAACGCUGUCUCUCUCUAUCUGGUUUUAAUGAUUGGAAUGAGUCUUACUUUUGGGUUUGAGGCCAUGGCAAUAGACCUAAGAUGGUGGAUUUUAAGUAGAAAGGAAAGAAGUCUAAGAGACGUGAGUUUCAUUCAUGGCCACACUCAUUCAAUGGCUCCUGUUGAAUAAACCACAAGAUCGAUACAAUUUUACACGCUGAUAGCCUUACCACUAUUGCUAGCCUCCUUGGACGCACAAUUUGGUAUAAGAUUAGACAUUUCACUUGGGAUUGGGAUUUGGGCACUAUGAUUAUGUCGUGUUUACUUUGGAUUCUUCUCAAUAUCGGUGCUCAAGUGGCCAUAGCAUCUGUUGGGCUUACAUAUUCGGUUGAUACUGCUGAGAAGAUGGCUCAUAUGUCUCGUGGGAAUGUUUCUUAUCCUAAUAUGACACAAUUCUUUCCUGUAAAGCUUCCAAAUGGUAGAUCUUCAAUAAACAACUUGGGCGCACAACAAUACACAGCAAACAGUUUUGGUAUGAUGGCUUUGAAUUUGUGGUCUACCACUCAACCAAUUCCUGAACCAGCAACAAUUUACAAAUCUGGGUUGACAGCUGAUUUAUUCGGGAUUGAUAAAAAAAGUUGGGCCUUUGUAUUCAUGGAUACUUCUUCUGAUGGUUCAACUUCUGCGUACUCGGAUCGUACCAUUAAGUCCACAUCAAGUUGUGAAAGUUAUUCUGUAAUAGAUGGAGGAAAUGGCAAUUUUACAAAUUUGACAAUUAGUAAAAAUGGAAAAUCAGAGGGCUCCAAGGUUAGAUUACCAAUCGCCGCUGGACCAGAUCAGACAACAUUCUUCACAGUACCAUUUACAACAUGCGGCGAAGGUUGCAGCAUUGUUGAAGCACUCGAGGCUUCCGCCAACGAACCUUGGUAUUAUAAAUGUAACAUUACAGUUGGUCCUGUUAUCAACGCCCAAAACGCAAAUCAAGAAGUGUCUCUACCACUCCGCCAUAUGUCAUCAGCUGCAAUCGCUCUGCAGGGCUAUGCAGCUAAUCCCAAGCUAAAUGACACUCAAUAUCGAAUAUACGUCUCUGAAUCUACCUACGGCUAUCCGCGAAAUGGAUCUGCAGAUGAUUUUGGAUAUCAAAUAUCGUAUUUUGCUAUUGGUGCCAUAGCUGCUGCUGCGAAUUCCAAUAACCCCUCAAUAUACGCGAUUGGAGAUCGGCCAAUUAUAGGAACUCAGCUCAAAAUCACUCAACAUGUUCUUCUCUUGGGACUCUUGAUUGGUCUCGUUUCUGUACAAGCGGCCUGUUUUGUAACAACGGCGUUUGUGGCAAAUAGAGUAGUAGUUAAAGAUGAAAGUGUUUUUUCUACAGCGAGCAUACUGCGACCGGUGAUGAGUUCUUUGGGAGAUCAUGGGAACGUUGCGGAGGGGAAACAGAUAUGUGAGGUUCUUAGUCAUUUGAGGUUAAGAUAUACGGCUGUUCGGGACGAGAAGGAUAGGUCUGUGUGGAAAGUGGGAAUUAGCAAUGCUGAAAGGCUUAAGAGAUUUCCGGAUCUAAAAGUGUAUGAUUGAUUUGUAGUUUUGUUUCUCUGGUUUGGAAAUGGAUGGAUAAAUUCCGAGAAGGGUGCGUAAUACUUCGCUGUGGCAUCUAGAUUUACUUGGAACGUUAACCUAUUGCUUAUUUUUUGAUAGACCAACUACAAUAUCUAGCAAGAAAUCA